ACAAAAAAAACCAUGUCACGCGUCCCCGACAAGCUGGGAUUUGACUUUGUCCAAACCAACGGGCAUGUCCAAUACGUCUGGCGCAAUGGAAAGUGGUCUGACGACGCCGAACUGCAAGCAUCGCCGUACGUCCGUGUUCACAUUGCAGCGACUGCGCUGCACUAUGGCCAGUCCGUGUUUGAAGGGCUGAAGGCGUUCCGCUGUCGGGAUGGGCGAGUUCGGGUUUUCCGCCCAGACCGGAACGCGGCGCGGAUGGCAGAGUCUGCAGAGCGUCUGAUGAUGCCUGUUGUGCCGACAGACGUGUUUAUCGCCGCCAUUGAGCGUUGCAUCCGCGCCAACGCCGACUUCAUCCCGUCCUAUGAGCACGGCGGGUCGCUCUACAUCCGGCCAAUUCUGUUUGGCAGCGGCGCGCGAGUGCCGCCAGAGCCUGCAGACGAGUACACCUUCAUUGUGUACGUGGUGCCGGUUGGCGAUUACUACGCUGGCACGAGUGCAGUGACGGCGUUGGUCGUUCGCGACGCCGACCGCGCUGCUCCGCUCGGUGUCGGCCAUGUCAAGGCCGCCGGCAACUAUGCUGCAAGCAUGGAGUCGACACUGAGCUCGAAAAAGAAGGGCUACCCAUUGAGCUUGUAUCUCGAUCCGCUUCACCACAAGUACAUUGACGAGUUCAGCACGUCCAAUUUUGUCGCCAUCGACGCCAACGGCCACUAUGUCACACCCGAGUCACGGACCGUUCUCCCAAGUAUCACCAACGCUUCUCUGAUGCAACUAUGCGCCGACAUGGGCAUUCCAGUAGAGCGUCGCCAAAUUGCAAUUGAAGAAGUGGCUCGCUUUGCCGAAGUGGCGGCAUGCGGCACCGCCGUUGUGCUCUCGCCUGUCAAUCGUAUUGUCACGGAUGCCGAUGUUAUUAGCAUCGGCACUUUAACCAUUGGGCCGAUUAUGAAGCGACUCUACGACAGACUCAAGGCAAUUCAGCGUGGAGAUGAGCCUGAUCCGUUCGGAUGGAUGCAUGUCGUGCCCAACGUGUGAAUAAACUGUGCGAAACUGCGGUUUUUUUUUU